UUUAAUGAGAUGCUUUUCCUCCCACCCGCCUCAGAGGUGAACUUGCAUAAAGGGAUCAUGGGGAUGGGAGGAGUAACCCAGGGACGGCGAGCCUGAAAAACACGUUCCGCAGACUCUGCAAUCCACUCGGCUUUCCUCUCUCAGCCGGAGCGUCAGGUUUUUAUUUGAGCGGCGCGGCGCCUGCUCGACGAGGCGGAGGAGCAGAGCGCGGGUCUGGGAUGGAUGCUGCGCAGAGAGACGCCCCGGUGAGCCGGCUGGAGAGGAGCAGCCACACGGCGUUUAUUGACAACAACACGCUGUAUGUGUGGGGAGGUUACCAGGUAGUUGCUGGGGAGGACGUCAUACUGCCGAGUGCAGAGAUAUGGCUGUGUGAUUUGGACAGCGGGGCGUGGGAGAGGAGGAAGAUCACAGGAGACGUCCCUCCAGACUUAUCGGGCUUCUGUGGCGCUAACAUUAACAGCACGCUCUACGUCUUUGGAGGAUGUGACCCCAGCGGGUACAACAACCAGAUGUUCAGCGUUGACCUCUCGACACAGUGCUGCUCAUGGGUCAGGUUGACGGACACCAAAGGAACGACGCCAUCGCCACGCAACAAACACUCCUGCUGGGUCCACAAAGACAGAUUAAUCUACUUCGGUGGAUAUGGGUGCAAGACCAUAGGGGAGGUACAAAACACGUCGUCGAGCUUCGUUGUGGAGGAGAUGUCCUGGUCGACAAUAGGAAACACUUUAUUUCGGUGCUGGGGAUGGAACAAUGAGGUCAAUGUGUUUGACACACACUCUGCUACGUGGAGCCUGCCGGAGACUCGAGGUCCUGCUCCGUCCCCUAGAGGUUGCCAUGCUAGUGCCCUGCUGGGAAACAAAGGUUACAUCACUGGCGGUGCUGAAACGGCAGAGUUGGACAUUUUCUGCUUGGACCUGGAGACUUGGACCUGGACUCAAUUUGACAUCUCCCCUUCAUGUGCACCUCUGGGCCGCUCCAUGCACACCAUGACGCCCAUAUCGGAUCACACACUGUUCGUAUAUGGAGGUCUGAGCACUGAUGGGAACACACUCAAUGAUGCCUGGCGGUUUAACACACAAAAGAGAGAGUGGACGAAGGUGACGCAUCCACACCAAGACAAGCCCAGGGUGUCUCACACGGCGUGCCUGGGAAGUAACAGCGACGUCGUUGUGUAUGGGGGCAGCAGCAAGGUCUGCAUCCUCAUGGACUCGGUGGCUGUUCUGAGGGCUCCGUCACCGUAUCACUGCAGGGACGUGUUCAUGUUCCAAACCCAGCCGUACUCCCUCUUCAGAUUGUGUGAAGAUUUUAUAGGAGGAAACCCAGGGCUGUUCAGGAAGCGGCUCGACUGGCUGCCAUCGAAGCUGCACAGCAAAAUUGACAAGAGGGUGGCCUUUUUCUCCACGAUGAAGCCUUGUGUGCCAGUCUAAAGAUGACUUUUUUUUAAAAAAAACAAAAACAAAACUGAGCCAGUAAUGCAUUGUCUGUGUUUAUAAUGACUAAUAUAUUGCUAAAGUUUCAUUGUUUUAACUUAAACAUUUGUAAAUAAAGUCUUUGUCUUUUAAAAAAAAAAAAAACACACACAUUUUACUUUAGUGAUUUGAUGUGCAAUCUGUUUUUCUUUUCUUGAAUAAAGGUACAUAUGUUGCA